UAAUUAUUACCCCAAAUAAAUCAGUUUUAGAAAUAGUGGCACGCGAUCAUGUCAAAAAAACUGUUUCGUCCAAUAAUUCAACCCGAGAUCCUUCGACGGCUGUGUGAUAAACCAAAGCUGAGCAGCAAACCUUCAAAUACUCCACAUCCUCCGAAGGAUCCUCCAGAUGAGGGUUACAAUCCAUCCAGUGUGGAUCAUGAUGCGCUGGAUGUGCCCGCUUUUGUGAGUCCUUCGUCCUUUCGCCAGUUUAGUUCACCCGAUGAGAAGUUGGGACCGGGAGCUGGAAAAGCUUUGGAGUACAAGAAUGCCCAGUAUUUUGGAUAUCAUCGAUUCUCGUUUAUGAAUUUAGUGAGCACGGCUACUGAAUUACGCGAUGAACGUCGUUUGGAUGGAGGUCUUCAGGCAUCCAUAGAAGCUGAUGAAGAAACCGUUACUGAAGAAUCCGAACUGGAGACCAUGAAGAAACUGGAAGAGGAGUGUGAUGGAAUUCUUGAGGCUCAGGCCAAGCAAAUCGAAGAAGCCAAAUGUUCCACCAAGGAGAAGCGUAUUCAGGAUAUGAGCGAAGAGGAGUUGCAAGAGUGGUGCAAGAAAAAGGAAGAAGAUAUCAAAAAGAAGGAGCAGCAAAAAAAGGAUGGAGAAAAGCCGCAAAAGAAACUCGAGGAUAUGAGCGAAGAAGAGUUAAUGGCUUGGUGCCAGAAGAAAGAAUCUGACAUAAAAGCAAAAGAGAAGAAAAAGCAGGCAGAAGAAAAGGCUAAAUGUGAAGCAGAAGAGAAGAAAAAGAAUACGGAAGCCAAAAAGAAGUAUGAAGAGGAAGCAAAGAAGAAAAAGGCAGAGGAAACUAAAAAGAAGCGGGACGAAGUAGAGAAGAAGAAGAAUGAAGAAGCUAAUAGAAAAUGUGAGGAAGAGAAGUUAAAAAAAGAAGCGGAAGCUAAGAAAAAGUGUGAGGAAGAAGAAUUAAAGAAAAAGUGUGAAGAAGAAGAUUUAAAGAAAAAGUGUGAGGAAGAAGAAAGGAAGAAAAAGUGUGAGGAAGAAGAACUGAAGAAAAAGUGUGAGGAAGAAGAACUGAAGAAAAAGUGUGAGGAAGAAGAAAGAAAGAAAAAAUGUGAGGCAGAUGAAAGUAAGAAAAAAUCUGAGGAAGAAGAAAGAAAGAAAAAGUGUGAGGAGGAACAACUAAAGAAAAAGUGUGAGGAAGAAGAUAAGAAGAAAAAAUGUGAAGCAGAUGAAAGUAAGAAAAAGUUUGAGGAGGAAGAACUAAAGAAAAAGUGUGAGGAAGAAAAGAAGAAAAAAUGUGAGGCAGAUGAAAGUAAGAAAAAAUGUGAGGAGGAAGAACUAAAGAAAAAGUGUGAGGAAGAAGAUAAGAAGAAAAAAUGUGAGGCAGAUGAAAGUAAGAAAAAGUGUGAGAAGGAAGAACUAAAGAAAAAGUGUGAGGAAGAAGAUAAGAAGAAAAAAUGUGAGGCAGAUGAAAGUAAGAAAAAGUUUGAGGAGGAAGAACUAAAGAAAAAGUGUGAGGAAGAAAAGAAGAAAAAAUGUGAGGCAGAUGAAAGUAAGAAAAAGUGUGAGGAGGAAGAACUAAAGAAAAAGUGUGAGGAAGAAGAUAAGAAGAAAAAAUGUGAGGCAGAUGAAAGUAAGAAAAAGUGUGAGGAGAACAACAUCUCUGAUGAACAAAAGUCGUUGAUAAACUUUAGCUAA